UUCCUGCGCUUGCGCCCGAUACCGGCACCACCUUGAAGGUACGGCUACUGCGCAGGCGCCAGGCAUGGAGACCGGAAGCGGAAGGCUAGAACGCGUCGGGUGGGCACCUCUGUUACCAGGAGCCAUGCCCGGCUUGGAGGAACCAGGGCCACGCCCCACAGCGACCCCGUGCGGGUGCGUGAAGCCGGCUCUGGAGACAGGAAAUCUUUUAACUGAACCAAUUGGCUACUUGGAAUCCUGUUUCUCAGCCAAGAAUGGAACUCCAAGGCAGCCAUCCAUUUGUCGCCAUUCAAGGGCUUGUUUGAGAAUUAGAAAGAGCAUCUUUAAUAAUCCUGAACAUUCCUUGAUGGGCUUAGAACAGUUUUCUCAUGUUUGGAUUUUGUUUGUUUUUCACCAAAAUGGUCAUUUGAGCUGUAAGGCAAAAGUUCAGCCUCCUAGGCUGAAUGGUGCGAAGGUUGGAGUUUUCUCCACAAGGAGCCCACAUCGUCCCAAUGCAAUAGGACUGACCCUGGCCAAGCUGGAAAAGGUAGAAGGUGGAGCUAUAUACCUUUCUGGAAUUGACAUGAUUCAUGGCACACCUGUACUGGACAUAAAGCCCUACAUAGCUGAUUAUGACUCGCCGCAAAAUUUGAUUGAGCCUUUAGGUGAGUGUAAUUUGCAGAACAACCAAUAUAAACCAAAAACAGUGUCUCAGUCUGAUGACAAGACUGACAGCUGUGCUCAGCAGCAGCUCUCAGAGUACGAUGAACCACAACCCUGCAGUCACACUGAAGAGAAACCUAGUUGUCCCAAAGGCAGAACCUCAGAAGAAAACGACAUGCAAUGCAGUGAUACAGCCAAAAUGCAGCAAAGCUUGCCUAAACGCAGGGAGAUAGCAGCAGACUUGGGUUUAGAAUCGAGAAGUCAUCGGAGACUAAGUAUGGCAGAGGAGCAAACUGGCCCACAUCACCUGGAGAAGAGCUCUUCAGAGGAGGGUACAGAUAAGAGGCCAAGGAGAGGGAAAGAAGCAGUGGCCCCCCAAGGAAACAGUGUGGAAGUGCAGCCCUUGGCUCUUCACUGCCCUCCCAAGAUGGCUGGCGCAGCCCACCGCAGCGUGGUUCCCGCCUGGGUGCGAGAGGCCCCUGUGGCCACCUUGGAAGUCCGGUUUACUCCUCAUGCAGAGAUGGAGCUUGAGCACCUUGGUUCAGAAGAUGUUGGUCGGGCUUCUUUUAAGUAUUUUCAAUCAGCAGCGGAAGCAAGGCUUGCCAUUGAGGCUGUACUGUCCGCCGACCCUAGGUCUGCAUAUCGACGGAAGCUCUGCCAGGACCGCCUUUUCUACUUUACUUUAGACACAGCGCACGUCACUUGCUGGUUUGGUGAUGGCUUUGCAGAGGUUCUAAGGAUCAAGCCGGCUUCUGAACCUAUUCAGAUGACGGACCCUGUGGAGUCCUUGGUGUCUCUGGGAUCGUAAAGUAGCUUCCAUCACAUCUUUAAGACAGCCUAUUUGACUUUGGUUGUGACUGGGUGGAUUUUUUGUACAGGCUAAUGAUGUGCCUUCUUUGCAGAAAGAAGUAACACUUUGUGGUCUCACUGCUUUGAUUGAUUUGAGUUGUUCAAAUAUUUAUUUG